CCGUCUCUCUCUUUCUCUCUCUCUCUCUCUCUUGGCUGGGCUCCUGUUGUCGCCCUUCCCUUCCAGCGCAUGCCCGGCUGUACCAGGCUGUGACGGCUGGCGGGCUGGCUGGUGGUAGCCAGUGCUCCUCAGCAGGAAGCGGGCGAUGAGCCAGGGCAACUCGAGCUGAGCAGGUGCGAUGCUCCCCCAAGCAUCCCAGCACCCAGCAACCCGUCCGGGGAGAGUCCUCAUCGCCCUUUCCCCCCAAAAAAUCCCAUCUUCGAAGACGCCCCCCCCUUCCCUUGCCUCCCCCCAUCACCCAGUCCGCAAUCCGCGCACCGAAGUACAAGGUGCCAGUCAGUCCAGUCCCCAAGCCGCAGGAGUCCAAGUCCCCCAACCUGAGCAGUGCAGUCACUGUUCCUACUCAUUCGUCCUCUCUCUCUCUCUUUUCGGCUUGGCCUGGGCUCCGGCCUGCACGCUCCUGCACUGGGACCUGUCUCGCUCUCACCUCGCACCGCACCGCACCAGCACCGGCACCAGUACUCCUACUGCUACUACUGCUGCUGCUACCACCACCGCUGCUCUCUGCUACGCUCCUUUGGGGGACCCAUCCAUCUUUCUCCUGCGUGUCGUGCCCCCCUCUCUUCUUCUCUUUCAAUCUCUUUUCCACCCUCAUUUUCUCGACCCAAAACACCCUACUCUCCCUCACCUCCGGUCCUCAAUACUCGGUUUCCUCAUCAUACUACGUCCCCCCGACUCAGUCCAGCUUUUCGAAACGCUCUAUCCCUCCCCGUCGACGAGGCGCAACCGCUCAACCCUUUCUUCGACCUCGUCCCCCUUCUGGCUUCGAUCCGUUUCGUGGACACGCUCUUCGCGAUCACAAUUCGAAAACUUUUCCACCUCACGACGCCUACAACACACGCUCGUGACGUUCUGGCUGCAUCGUCCUGGUUUCGGGGCAACCGCGGUGACUGGAAACCCGAUUUGUUUGGGCCAUUUCUCGACUCUGCGACGACCUGUCCUUUGUGAGCCAGACUCGACAAUCCCGCCAAGUCCUAUCUCUCCCGACUUCGUCGAGAUCCCUCGACUCGACUACACACCUCUCGCUAACGGAUGACGACGACCCUACGUCCUGCUGUUUCUGUGGUUCAUUCGACGGCUUGCUCCUGUGCGUCUAAACAGGCGUCGUCAUGCUACCCAGGCCGCAACAGUAAUCACCUCACGCAAUACCUCGACUUCAAUUUGCACCACGAGGCAAUCUUAGAUUAUGACCG